GUUUGUGGACACACUUCCCAUCGCAUUGCUCCAGCUGUUAAGUCAGAGUGUGCGGUUGCUCCAAACCUUUGGUUGCAACCAGACGACUUGGUGCCAGCAUCUGCGUGGUUGGAUGUAAAAGGAUAAGAAGAUGCCUGCUAUUCUAGUUGCCUCCCAGAUGAAGCCGGGAUUGCCCAAACCUGUGCAUGGCACUGCUCUACCCAUCCCAGCCAGGGUUGGGAGUCUUGCGACCCACCAGAAUGUACCUCUCAAGCCAGUGCAGCCCAGCCUCAUCCCACUGAAGUCUCCCAUCUACAGGCAGCAGAGUCAAGGCAGUGCGACUUUACAGAAAAAAUACCAGACCACCAAAGAAACAUCUCAAGACCCUCAGAUUUAUACAGAUUGGGCCAACCACUACCUAGCCAAGUCCGGACACACACGCCUGAUUAAAGACCUCCAACGGGAUGUUGCCGACGGUGUUUUGCUGGCAGAAAUAAUUCAGGUUGUAGCAAAUGAGAAGAUUGACGAUAUCAACAGAUUCCCAGAGAGUCGCGAUCAAAUGAUUGAGAACAUUGAUGCCUGUCUGGACUUUCUGUCUGCUAAAGGGGUGAACAUAAAGGGACUUUGUGCCGAAGAGAUCCGUAAUGGCAAUCUAAAGGCUAUUUUAGGCUUGUUCUUCACUCUGUCACGCUUCCGACAGAAGCAGCAGCAGACUUUGAAACAGGCCUCCAGCAAUGUUCAGUUGCUCCAGAACAAGCAGCCCAAGCGAUGCACCAGUCCUGUCCUGCCUCCUCACACUCCUCCCCGUAGCUCUUCCUGUCCUUCUCCCUUCCACCAACACUACACCUCCUCCACAUGUGCACGGAAACCACAGACAGACCUGCAGCCCAGGCUUCCGAGUCCCUCUGUGAGGGAGGGUGGAGAGAGUAAAGCUCGAACCUCAAACACCAACAGACGCAGCCAAAGCUUUGACCAAUGUGACCGAUUAAAGCCGUCUAUCGCUGCCUGCGCUCAUGAAAGAGAGAAAAACACACCAUCACCCAUAAUGGUUGAUCAUGGACCAAUCAGCUCGUCCAUUCCUCCAGCCAGCUGCGCCAGUACCAGCACCACAACUACCCCCUCUAAACCCUGGAGAAGCAAGUCGCUCAGUGCUAAACACACUGCUACAUCCUCCAUUGUCACAGUUAAACAACCACCCCCGGAUUCUCUUGAGGUUCCUCCUAAGGUGAUCGGCCAGAAGUCCAUGCUGGAAAAGCUCAAGCUCUUCAACAGCAAAACAGGUUCCAGAACUUCCAAACAUGUCAGUAUAGAAGAUGUCGAUGCUGUUGAACCAGAAGAAGGCCAGAUUUGCCCCAUAUACCCUGAAGCCCUCCCGGGAAACCAAAGGCCUGUCACUCCCAUCAGUUCUGGUGACUCAAGUCCCAAGUUAGCGCAUCAGGGCAUUGCACAUUCGACGCUUGGAAGGGCUUUGGCACCCAAAAUAACUAAGUCAAAGCCUAAAGAGAAAGAGAAGCUCAAAAACCUUCCUGUUACAGAACCUGAACAUCAUAAAGGAGAUAACAAAACUGAUGGACAUGUUGCACCCAACACUAAGAAGUCUGUUCCUAAAGGAAACAAAGCCAAGAAAGACAGAGCCAAGUCAGCCAUGAGUGGGAUUCCUAAACCAAGCCAGAUAGGAAAGUGUUCAACUGUAAAUAAGAUUGUAGCAUCACCCCCUUGUGGUCCGGAAAGAGAACGCUUAUGGAAUGGAAAGAUGGGAGGGCUGUCUGUGCAUAAAGGGCAGAAAGAAAGCAGAAAUUACAGCUCUACAUCUAGCUUCGCAUUUUCAGAAGGGAGAAGUUGCCAAGAUCUAACUCUUGGUGUUCAGACCCACUCAACAGCCAGUAAUACAGUCAGUGUCCAACUUCCACAGCUCCAACAACAAUACCACCAUCCCAACACGGCUACUGUCGCUCCAUUCAUGUACAGGUCUCAAACAGAAAUUGAUAAGACUGGGCUUUUGGCAAGAUUGGAGGAAAGAAGAGAACGAACUGGCCUGUGCAGCAAAUCCAUCCAUACUUCUCUGGAGAACCUGACAGGUGAGGUCUCAGAAACCAAGAGGUUAUGUACUGUGAAAAACAUUGCUGAUCUGAGGCAAAACCUGGAAGAGACCAUGUCCAGUCUGCGGGGGACGACUUAUUUUAGUCACAGCAUCCUCGAGACGACCUUUGACAGCACUGUUACUACUGAAAUAAAUAGGAGGUCUUUGCUUGCUCUCACUUCCUGCCCUGCUUCUGCAUUACCAUGGCGACUGGGCUCAUCCAGUCCUCGCCUACAAGCUGGUGAUGCUCCCUCUUCAGGAAACACAUUUUCACAGCAUGGCAGUGGCUGUGGGCAGCACACACACAGGGAUCAGACCUGCACGCACAAUGGUGUCCUCUGCGACCUUGAACUCUCUGAGAAGGUGGAGGAGCUGGAGGGGGUCGCCAUGGAAAGAUCGGGGUACAUGAGUGAUGGAGACGUCCUGGGCAAGAGCAUGAAGAUGGAUACUGUCACCAAUGGAUAUAUGACGGACGGAGGUCUCAACCUGUACCCCCGGAGGGUUAACCGAGUCCCAGAUGGAAUGAACAACGUGAGAGGGACCCUUCACCAUUUUAAUCCCAAGAGUCAAGAGGACACUGAUAGUUGGGACGACAGCAGCUCAUUCAGCAGUGGGAUCAGUGACACCUUGGACACAGAUGACCUCGACACCAGGUCGUCCAUUAGCUCCUACGUCAACACCCCAUCUGUCCCACACAGAGACGCAGAUGAACAGCUCCAGACGGAUGCAGAGAAGCACUCUGCAGUAAAACACAACCCCAACUGGUCCAACAGCGAGCCUAAACAUUCAGAAAGUUGCUCUGACGGUGCCAAAAAAAUGGAGACCACAACUAAAUGGAACAACAGGUCCUCAGAUUUCUCAGAUGAAUCAGAACGAAGCUUGGUGGGUCGCAAGACACCUACCAUCUCACAGUCGGGCUCCUGGAGGCGGGGAAUGACCGCCCAGGUGGGCAUCACCUCCCCACGGACGAAGGCUACAACACCUACGAACUGCAGCUCACUCAAGACACAUGGUAAGACCGAUGACGCCAAAGUGUCGGAGAAAGGACGUUCCAACGGCACCCACUCCAAAAAUGCUGAUGACUCCAAGAAACCUCCCCUCAGUUUGGCCUCACACACCCCAACCAGCACUUUUGGCUUCAAGAAGGCUCCGGGAACGAUAAUAACUGCGAGUGGAGCUGUGAUAACUAGUGGCUCUGCUACAGUGGGCAGGAUACCUAAAUCGGUUGGGUUUUCUGGGAGUCGAAUGGUGGGUCGGCAAGCAACGGUUGAUGAUGGAUACCUUCCUCCAAGUGCUCGGAUGACUUUUCAGUACCGCAGUUUACCAAGGCCUAGUCGUAUUGGCGCCACUCGCCGUUCCAACCACUCCAACAACUCGAGCCUUGAUGCUAGUUUUUGCAAUAAAGGUACUGCCACACUCCCCAAUCCGAAGAGUCGCAACUUAGUCAAGUCGCCAAUGGGAACUACAAACCAAACAGACCGAGAGAAGGGUAUCUUUUCCGAUGUGGAGAGCCAGGUACUUAAGACUAGUGCAACUGCCCAGAUGGGGAUGCCAACUCAGUUCCAAGCUGGACGACAAGCAGGAGGAAAGUAUUCAGAAAUGUCCUCGCCAACCUUUCGUAGACUCUUUGGUAACAAAUCUUGCAACAAGCAAGCUCCGGUCACCACCAUGGAGAACAUGAAGAGCUCCACCAUCAUCUCCAAUCCUCAUGCCACGUCCAUCCAGCAGAAUUAUUCUCUAACCAUGCCAUCAGUUGCCAGUGAAGGCAGCGACCCAUUCUACAGUGACAGUCUGAUGGUGCUCUCUGGGUGUCAUGGAGAGCAGACCCUUUCCUCUAUGACCUCCAGCCCAGGAUCAGCUUUCUCUCCUUGGGGAGGCAGGGAUGGAUUGGACUCCAACCACUCCAGUACUGACUAUAUAGAUGUUACCUUGGGAAAGGAAGAUUUAUGUCUUAAUCAGACCAACAGUGUCCGAACUGGCCUCUCAGACAGGUAUGGCUAUGUGCCUCAGGUCAAAGGUCAUGAAGAGGCCCGUGAUUGGCUAUGUUCACUCUCAGCUGUUGGGCUUCCAGAUUCAAUUGGCUCUUCCUACUACACCCCUGCCUCUGCACUCAGCUCGCCCUCCGACACACGCUUCAACUUUAGCGCACUUGGCAGUCCCACCACAGCUUCUCAGAUAGCAACUUUGCAUGGCACCAAUGGUCAGGGCAAUCACAACAACCCGUGCGACCCCUACAGCGACCCACGUUUGAGGAACACCUCGAUGAGCAUGGAGGAAAAGAGCCGCACUAUGAGUAGCUCCGGAUCGUUCCGUGAGGGCCUAGAGGAAGUUCAUGGCUCAUCUUUGUCUCUAGUCUCUAGCACAUCAUCAGCUUACUCUACGCCUGAGGAAAAGGCUCAGACGGAGAUCCGUAAGCUGAGGAGGGAAUUGGAUGCGUCGCAGGAGAAGGUCUCGGCUCUCACAACACAGCUCAGUGCCAAUGCUCACCUUGUGGCGGCUUUUGAGCAGAGUUUAGGAAACAUGACCAUCCGGCUGCAGAGCCUGACGACGACAGCAGAACAAAAGGACACAGAGCUAAAUGACUUGAGGAAGAACAUUGAACUCCUUCAGAAGCAAAACUCAGCGACUCAAGCCACAAUCAGUGCAGUCAUUAACACACCAGACCCAACUUUAACAAACCGCAUUAACAAGGUUUCUCUCGACUCUGUCAACGGCUCGCCUCAGUCUCAGCGAGAGUUGCAGAUCCACAGACAGCCCUCAUCGGACAGCGUCUCCAGCAUGACCAGUGCCACCAGCCAUUCCAGCAUUGGCAGCAACCUGGAGCUGGACACUAAGAACAAAAAGAAGAAGAAAAGCUGGCUGCAGAGCUCCUUUAAACAAGCAUUCGGGAAGAAGAAGUCUCCCAAAUCGGCAUCGUCUCACUCGGACAUUGAAGAAAUGACAGACUCUUCUCUUCCAUCUUCACCCAAACUCCCCUUUAACAGCUCGACAGCCUCUUCUCCCAUGAUACGCAACUCCAACUCCCUUCCUCAACUGUCCUCCCUGUCUGCACACGGGCCUGUCUGGGGCUGUAACAGCAAGUCCAUGAGGUCUGCCUCACUGGCACGGAUCUCUGAGUUUACAGAGAGCGAGGCCGAAACAGUCAUGCAGUUGCGCAGUGAACUGCGUGAUAAAGAAAUGAAACUCACAGACAUCAGAUUGGAGGCUCUUAGCUCCGCCCACCAAUUGGACCAGCUCCGAGAAUCCAUGAACCGCAUGCAAAUUGAGAUCGAGAGGCUGAAAGUGGAGAAUGACCGCUUAAGAAUAGAGAGCCGAGGCAGUGGUAGCAAAGCUCCUUCUCAGAUGUCCAUCUCCCCUUCUUCUGUGGGCAUUUCAUCUCAACUAAGCCUCACAGAAUCCACCAGCUUAGAUAUGUUGCUAGAAGACAGUGGAGAUGGAAGUUCCUGGAAAGAGGGACAACAUGUGAAGGUCGUGGUCAGUCUAGAGAAAGAUCCAGAGUGGAAAGAGGAAUGCAGACCUUCUCAGUUCUUGCUGGGCUGCAUUGGUGUCAGUGGAAAAACCAGAUGGGAUGUCCUAGAUGGGGUAGUCAGACGUCUCUUUAAGGAAUAUAUCAUCUACAUAGAUCCUAUCACACAGCUGGGUCUGAACACAGACAGUGUGAUGGAGUACAGCAUUGGAGACAUCCAUCGUGGCAGUGAUGCAGACACACCAGAACUCCUGCCAUGCGGUUAUCUUGUAGGAGAAAGCGAUACCAUCUCUGUCAAGCUGAAAGACUUGUCUGUUAAUAGUGAAGACAGUUUGGCAUUCGAGGCGCUCAUUCCGAAGCCGGUUCUGCAGCGAUACAUCUCUCAGCUUGAGGAGUACAGACGAAUAAUCUUUUCAGGGCCUUCUGGCACAGGGAAAAGCUUUCUAGCCAGCAGACUGGCCGAGUACAUGGUCCUAAAAGAGGGAAAACAGCUGGAACACCGCGCAAUCGUCACUUUCAAUAUUGAUAACAAAACUACUAAGGAGCUGAAGCAGUACUUGUCCAACCUGACAGACCAGUGUAAAAACAGUGUACAUACUGUUGACGUGCCUGUGGUGCUUCUACUGGAUAACCUUCACCACGUCACCUCACUGGCUGAGAUUUUCAACAGCCUGCUCAACUGCAAGAACCACCAGUGUCCUUACAUCAUUGGAACCAUGAAUCAAACCCCAUCACCCACUCCAAAUCUACAGCUUCAUCAUAAUUUUAGAUGGAUUUUAUGUGCCAAUCAUACUGAGCCAGUGAAAGGUUUUCUGGGUCGGUACUUACGACAGAAGCUUCUAGAAACCGAGAUCAGCAGUCGUGUGAGGAACAGCGAGCUAGUUAAGAUUAUUGAGUGGAUCCCAUGUGUUUGGCAUCAUCUCAACCGCUUCCUGGAAACACAUAGUUCUUCUGAUGUCACAAUUGGACCUCGACUCUUUCUAUCCUGCCCAAUGGAUGUUGAAGGCUCAAGAGUGUGGUUCACCGAUCUGUGGAACUACUCCAUCAUCCCCUACAUGCUGGAGGCUGUCAGAGAAGGACUGCAGAUGUAUGGACGUAAGGCAGCAUGGGAGGACCCGGCAAAGUGGGUGUUGGACAGCUUCCCUUGGGUGGCAAGUCCACAGCAACAUGAGUGGCAUUCCCUGUCGCGACUUCGGCCAGAGGACAUAGGGUUCAACGGGUACAGUAUGUCUCAGGACGGCAGUCCAGGCAAGCAACCUGCUCAGGGAAAAUCAGAAGACGACCCACUGAUGAAUAUGUUAAUGAGGUUGAAGGAGACCGCUCACUGCGCAGGGACAGAGAGCUAUGACAGUGAUUCCACCACCAACAGUCACCAAGAUGACAUGCUGGACUCUUCUGAGACCUUUUAAUAUCAAAUGUGGCUUUUAUAUUAACCUACAGGGUGCUUGUAACUUUAGACCAGGGUGCUGGAAACCCUGAAAAAGCAUUAAUGCUCAGUAAGUCACAUCACACACUAAUCAUCACCUGAAAUGCAAGAAAAAAAACAUGUUCAAAAGUAAAAUAUUCAUCAGAGAUUGUCUUUUUUUUUUAAUGGACACUAGAUGGCGGUAUAGCUAUGUUCAAAAAGGAGACAAACCUAGUUGAGCUGUAGCAGCUCCUUUUAAAUUCAAAACUGUUGCCAAUUCAUGUUUAUUUUCAGUCAUAAAUUAAACUAUAUGUUUAAAUAGUAUCUAAUGUUGAUUGAUUUUAUUUACUAGUGAACAACUUUGGUGCUGAACUUUAUAAUAAUGCCUUAAAACUCUUGUUAUAAAUUGAGACAGGCUUGCUUAUGUCUUAAAGAGUUGUAACUUAAUACAAAUAAUGCAAGGACAUUAUAGCCUUCAAAUGAUGCACUAUCCAUGGGACCUAACAGAGAAAUAUAUUGGAAAUAUGCACUAAAUUGUGUUUGCCUUUUAGCAACAAAAGACAGUUUGGGUAACACACAUGCAUAACAUAAAGAGAUGUUUGGAAAGUAUUGAUAACAUUGAAAGCAAACAAGAUAUAUGGUUAGGCUACAUUAUAAAAUAUCUUAUCAAAGUUCUAUUAUUUUGUAGCAGGAGCAUAGUUUGUGCCUUUUUGUGAAGUAAAAUAAUAUCUAUGCAAUAUUGUUAUGUUCAAAGAAUAUUUAACUUUGUUGCGACAGAGUCUCUCGUAAAACUUUAGUCAACAACAGAAAAAGUUUUACCAAACAAUCUCAAUGAUUAAAACCAUUACAGAAAAUAUAGUGACUUUAUUACAUUGCAAUACUAAAGAUAUCAAUAAGACUUCAAAUCAAAACUGACCACACUUUUAUAUAUUUUUAUAAUUCUACAAGGACAACUGUAAAAAUGAGUCUACUUUGUUCAGUGUGAGAGAAUGUUUAUCUAAAAAAUACUAUUGUCAAUGGUUAAGGUCUGUAAAUACUGAAGAUCAUGGAGAUCUGUGUGAUGUGCUUUAGCCUGAAUUGGGGGUUAUGU